AUGGCACGCAGCAAAGAGCAGCACGCCGGACUCAAAACGGCGCGGCUACAGGACUCAGCCAACAUGGGGCGAACGCUCUUACUGGGGAAGGGCUCUUCCACCCAGAUUGACAACUCUGUGGUAGUCCCCACCAGGGCUGCUAGGAACCUGGAACAGGGCUCACAGCAGAACCUGGACCUGCUGGAGCAGUACUGCCAGACCUGGGACCUGGCACAGAAAGCCCUGCAACACCCAGAGCUGAGCAAAGAGAAGAGUACCCUCACUCAGCUGGUCCUGACGGUCCGUUCACUUCCUGACCCUGUUCUGCCUCAGGACCAGUGUGAGGAAGUGAUGAACACAGACAGCAGCAGCGUCUGUCAGUGUCUGCAGACGGAUGAGGAGGAGGAGGACGUCUCUCUGAUCUCAUCUGGACGGGACUUUAACAGGCUGACUGGCUGUAACCUGUCGGAGAGAAGCUGUGAAGAUCUAUCCUCAGUUCUCAGCUCAGAGUCCUCUAGUCUGAGAGAGCUGGACCUGAGUAACAAUGACCUCAAGGAUUCAGGAGGGGAGCCUAUCUCUGAUGGACUGAAGAGUCCACACUGUAAACUGGAGACUCUCAGUCUGUCAGGCUGUCUGAUCACAGAGAAAGGCUGUGCUUCUCUGGCCACAGCUCUGAGCUCCAACCCCUCCCAUCUGAGAAUGCUGGACCUGAGCUAUAAUCAUCCAGGAGCCUCAGGAGAGAAGCUGCUUUCAGCUAGACGGGAUGAUCCACAUUCCAGACUGAACACUCUAAGGCUGGAUCAUUGUGGAGAGCAGUGGCUGAAACCUGGUCUGAGGAAAUGUAUGCUGAAUUCCUGUCAACUCACACUGGACACAAACACAGUGAGCAGACACCUCAAACUGUCUGACAACAGGACGGUGACAUGGGUGGAGGAGGAUCAGCCAUAUCCUGAUCAUCCAGAGAGGUUUGACAACUAUCCUCAGCUGCUGUGUAGAGAUGGUCUGACUGGUCGCUGUUACUGGGAGGUUGAGAGGAGAGGAGAGGUUAAUAUAUCAGUGAGUUACAGAGGAAUCAGGAGGAAAGGAGACGGUAGAGACUGUGUGUUUGGAGGUAAUGAUCAGUCCUGGAGUCUGUUCUACUCUGAUGGUCAUUACUCUGUCUGGCACAAUAACAGAGGAACAUCCAUCUCCUCCUCCUCUGUCUCUGAUAGAGUAGCAGUGUAUGUGGACUGUCCUGCUGACUCUCUGUCCUUCUACACAGUCUCUUCUGACUCACUGAUCCACCUCCACACCUUCAACACACCAUUCACGCAGCCUCUCUAUCCUGGGUUCUGGGUAGGGUCUGGUUCCUCAGUGUCUCUGUGUUCUCUGAGCUACAGUCAUCCAGGAGACUCGGGAAAGAAGCUGCUUUCAGCUAGACAGGAGGAUCUACACUGCAGACUGGACACUCUACGGCUGGAUCAUGGUGGAGAGCAGAGGCUGAGACCUGGUCUGAGGAAGUGUUCCUGUCAACUCACACUAGACACAAACACAGCACACAGAAAACUCAAACUGUCUGACAACAACAGGAUGGUGACACAUGUGAUGGAGGAUCAGCGAUAUCCUGAUCAUCCAGAGAGGUUUGAGUCCUGGUGGCAGCUGCUGUGUAGAGAUGGAGACUCGGGAGUGAAGCUUCUUUCAGCUAGACGGGAGGAUCCACACUGCAGACUGGACACUCUAAGGCUGGAACAUGGUGGAGCGCAGAGGCUGAAACCUGGUCUGAGGAAGUCCUUUUGUGAAAUCUUCACCCAUGUUAAGAAGAAUGGAAUCAGCAAAGGAAGACAAAUUACAGUCUGCGAGGAAGACCCCACCUCUCCCACCCUGAUUAUCAACAUCUAUCACAAUGGCACAAUCAUGAUCCAGGGAUCAGAAAAUAGCAUGGAUAAUUUUGACAAACACUUCCAGUCAAUGAAAAGCGUAGCAGAAAAGAAGAAGAAAGGAAACAGCCAAAUACCCCAGAGAGACCAGCCGUCCCCAGCAGCAGUCAUGUGA